UUGGCAGAGUCAGCUAGGCUGAGCUAGCAUACUAUAGUUUAUACUUUCGUCUAUUAAAAUGACUAUAGAUUUAGCCUCUUUAUUUUCACAGGGAACAGCUGAAAUGUCAAAAAGGAAGGGUAAAGGUAAAUUGCCGGUCCACAGGGUGAUCAUGGUUGGGCCUGAAGGCGUAGGAAAGAAUGCUUUGACGUUGCAAUUCAUGUACUCAGAGUUUGUUGAGAACUAUGAGCCAACAAAAGCAGACAAUUAUCGCAAGAAAGCGACAGUCUCCGGGCAAGAAUGCCAGAUAGACAUACUUGAUACUGCUGGGCAGGAAGACUAUGCUGUCAUACGUGACAAUUACUUCAGAGCCGGAGAGGGCUUCAUCUGCGUCUUCUCAGUCACAGAGCGAGAGACUUUUGAGGGCAUGAAGGACUUUCGGGAGCAAGUCCUCAGAGUGAAAGUUGACGAUAAAGUCCCAAUGAUACUCGUUGGUAACAAGAUCGAUCUCCAAGAUCAAAGGGUAGUGAGCUUUGAUGAAGCAAAAGCCCUCGCACAUUCGUGGGGGAUUCCUUAUGAAGAAACAUCAGCCAAGACUAAGCUAAAUGUUGAAAAGGUUUAUUACGAUUUAGUCCUUGCCAUAAAGGAGAAGAAAGACUCUAAGAAAGACUCCGUUAAUGAAACGAAUCAAAAAAAGAAAAAGAAGUCAAAAUGUGUCAUCUUGUAGGACAAUUCUUUCCAGCAUCCUCCCGCCACCUCUCUCUCUCUCUCUCUUUCUUGCUAACUUGUUCUCAUCAUCUUACUAUUAAUAGCUGUUAAUCAAUAGACUGUGAAACCAGUAAUUAUUAUUAUUAGUAAUUUUAUUAGCUUAUUCAGUGGAUGUUCUUUACUCUAGUUUAAUUAUGCUAAUGUGUUUAUGUUCCAAAAA